GCGAAACCAGGAAUCCGGAUUUGAACGAUCCUACGUGUCAUUCCCACAGUUUCAGUCAUUCACAAAACACCUGGAUACUUUUGCCGAACAAGAAUCCCGCUUGUCGACGCGCAGUGGUCACCCUGGUAACAGUCGCUAACGCCACAAGGAUGAAGGCUUUGAUCCUCGUCGGGGGUUACGGGACCCGGCUGCGACCGCUGACGCUGAGCGUCCCCAAACCGCUGGUGGAGUUCUGCAACAAACCCAUCCUGCUGCACCAGGUGGAGGCACUGGUGAAGGCCGGGGUGGACCAUGUGAUUCUGGCGGUGAGCUACAUGUCGGAUCUGCUGGAGCGAGAGAUGAGAGUCCAGGAGGAGAGACUUGGGAUUCGUAUCUCUCUGUCACACGAGAAGGAGCCUCUGGGAACCGCGGGCCCUCUGGCGUUGGCUCGAGAGCUGCUGAACGUCGACAACGAGCCGUUCUUCGUCCUCAACUCGGACGUCAUCUGCGAUUUUCCGUUCAAAGAUCUGCUGCAGUUUCACCGCAACCACGGCAAAGAGGGGACCAUCGUGGUAACGCGGGUGGAGGAGCCCUCUAAGUACGGCGUGGUGGUGUUUGAGGCAGACAGCGGCAGGAUUCAGCGCUUCGUCGAGAAGCCGCAGGUCUUCGUCUCCAACAAGAUCAACGCCGGCAUUUACAUCUUCAAUCCCAGCAUGCUCAGCAGGAUCCAGCUGAGACCAACAUCCAUAGAGAAAGAGAUAUUUCCUGUGAUGGCAGAGCAGGGACAGCUGUACACCAUGGAGCUCCAGGGAUUCUGGAUGGACAUCGGUCAGCCCAAAGACUUCCUGACCGGGAUGUGCAUGUACCUCCAGUCGCUGCGGCAGCAAGCCCCCGAGAGGCUGCACACCGGGCCCGGUUUCCUAGGCAACGUUCUGGUGGACCCGACGGCGCAGAUCGGGGAGAACUGCACCAUCGGGCCGAACGUCACCAUCGGAGCCGGCGUGGUGGUGGAGGACGGCGUGAGGAUAAAGCGCUGCACGGUGCUGAAGGGCGCGCAGGUUCGAUCCCACUCCUGGCUGGAGAGCUGCAUCGUGGGCUGGAGCUCCUCUGUGGGCCAGUGGGUCCGCAUGGAGAACGUAACGGUUCUGGGCGAGGACGUGAUCGUGAACGACGAGCUCUACCUGAACGGCGCCAACGUCUUGCCUCACAAGUCCAUCAACGAGUCGGUGCCGGAGCCACGGAUCAUCAUGUAGCAGCGGGCCAGAAGAGGGGAAAGCGCCUUUUCACAUACGGACCCGACUGAAUACCCAAACUGUGCCGGAGGGGAGAGAGGCGAUGAACAAUCGGGUGAAGGGGGGGAAAAAAAGAGAAUUAGAGAAGGCCCUUUUCUUUUCUUUUUAAAAAAUAAUAAUAAUUUGGACUUGUUUACAGCCCUGUUUAGCUGCAUCGUCCAUCAAAGAGAAACAAAGAUUGAACCCGGCCCGGCCCGGUUUAUGUUGGAUUAAAUGUCCAGAACGGGGUGGUAAAUAUGAACACUGUUCCAAUAGAGGCACAGUCCAGUCGACCACCAUCGGGCCUCAUUAAGAACCUGUACCACAGAGACUCAUAAUUAUUGAGUAAGGUCAUCUUGAACUAAUGAAGAGCACCAGGAUGUUCUCUCACAGGGACCCGCCACAUAAAGAAGAUUGAUGAAACGCGUCGUGUCAGAUAAAGAGCUGGGUCGGCUCGCGGCGUUGGUGACGUGCAUUCUGGGAGACGGGGCUUCACACAGAAGACUUUCUCAACGAGCACAUUUAUCUUUGAAACUGACAAACGCAAAUCAUGUGUAAUUCUUGGAACAAUUAGAUCGGGAUAAAAACAAUAUUUGUCUCAUCGCGUACUAAUCAGAGUUUUUAAAAUAGAAUAGAUAUAUGGCUGCAUGGGGGACACCGUUGGGGGCGGGACUUAGCCUCUCCGUAGAGGGAGGG